AUGUCUGAAAUAAAAGAACAACUAAAGUCAUUGUCAAACAGUUGGCCUGAACUGGAUUUAGCUACUCUCCAGAUAAAGUAGGUGAUCUGGUGGGCUUUAGACCGCCCAGCUCUGCUUACCACACUGCUCCUUUGACCAUGUGGCUGUCUACCAUCAGGGAUGUCAACGGAUGACCGUUAAUCUGUUAAUUGCUGUGAAUAUAAAAAUAAAUGAAUAAUGACUAAUAUAUGAAUAAUAAAAUAUUUCAUCACGUCUAAAUGGAUGGUGCAUUGAAGUGCAGCCCUAAAGCUCACUGAGGCAGCAGAGCGCCCGACUUAAAGGGAAAGGCCUCUUGUAUUUCAAAGCCUUUUUUGUUUCUUAAAAAUUAACCAGUGAGUUACUGAUUAAUGGGUGUUGGCCUAUCAAAAGCAAAAUCUACUUUCUACCAUCAUGACAAAUAAGUAUUUUUUUUUUCUUUUUUUUUUUUUUUUUACAUGUCUUCACUUUCAUGUGUCCUUUCCUCACCCAGGAUUGUGAGCCCAUAGUGGAUGGGGUAGGCAAGUAUACCUACAUACAUCCUGCCAGACUGAAGAUUGCCAGAGUGGACCUUAAACACAACUCCUCCUACACCUGUACUCUGAACUUCACUCUGGGUGGCGUUAUGGGAUCUGUGUCAGAGACCAUUGCUGCAUGGGUAUCAGAGAUGUACACUUUGACCCCAGAAGUCCACGAACCGGCCAAUGAAAUAAUCAAGAAACCAAUGGGGUCAAAUUUCAGGAAGCGAUGCCGAGUGUUUGUACCGUGUGUCGGGAAUCCCUUCGUUGAGAUCACCUGGUUGGUCAGAAACAAGUUAAUUUAUAGUACCAACCCCUCUGACCGCAUCUACACCACAGAAGAACGUAUGUGGCGCCAGGAUAAACCUAAAAAAGGUUUAUGGUUGGAGCAGGUGCUGAUAAUUUCUGAGCUGAAGGAGAAGGACUUCGACACCAACUACACCUGUCGAGCGUACAGUGCCAGGGGCAUUCCUGAAGGCUACUUUACUCUGCUACCAGAAGAUCCCGACGUCAUGCUUCCCAUUGGAUCGGUGCUUGGUGGUGUGACGGUUCUCUUCAUUACCAGUGUCGUCAUCUACUACCUUUUUAAGGUGGACAUCGUGCUGUGGUUCAGGAGAGCAUUUCCAGUCCUCUAUACUAACACAGAUUUGGAUGGGAAGUUGUACGAUGCCUAUGUGGCAUACCCACAGUCCUGUGCUGUCGGGCUCAGUAAGGAAGUGGAGGUGUUCGCCCUUCACACACUACCUCAAGUGUUGGAAAAGGCCUGCGGUUACAAACUCUUCAUUGCAGGUCGUGACUGUGUUCCCGGGGGGGCCAUCGUGGACUCAGUGGAAGAGAACAUACAAGCUAGUCACCGCCUCCUCCUGCUCUACACCGCCUCCACUUUCACCACCAAAAGACACACAAGCAGCACCAGCAGCGGCAACAACAACAACAACAACUCAAAGAGCAGCGAUAACGGUGACAACAACGACAACAGCGACAGUAAAAACAGCGACCAGAGUUUAGACGGAGGUGAAGAAGUCUAUCCUGAUGCCAGGCAGCAGCUGGAGUGUGUGGCUGCGAUGCACAGAGCGCUGCUGGAGAAAUCUCUAAAGGUGAUUCUGGUGGAGUUGGAAGAGAUCACCCCGGCUCAGCUGGCUCUCUUCCCAGAGUCAGUGCGUCACCUGAGGAAGAAGCAGGGCGCCGUGUGUUGGUGGAAGAACCAGAGGAUGAAGAAAACGUGGACGACAUGCACAAGGAGGGGAGAGGAUGAGGAGAAAGGUGGACAGGAGACGCAGCUGUCACCAUCCCUUUCUCCUUCUUCCAGGUUUUGGAAGGAGAUCAGAUAUCGUAUGCCGGUGAGGGGCAAGAGGGCGGUGUACCCCGAAAAAACUGCCCUGCUGAACUUGUGAGGUUUUGGACCAGAGAUCAGCUGGUUUCUAAUGUAAAUAUGUACAGUGAUGAAUCCUGUCGCACACAGAUGAUUCAGAAAUACUGUGUCGUAUCAGAGGCUGCGAGGUACAAGAGAAUUUACAAGAGAAUUAUUUCAUAUUUUAUAAUAUAUAUUUUUAAGUUAAAAAACAUUAAAAAGUUCACAAGUAGCCAUUUUGUUCCAAUGCAACCCUCGCUUGCAUGUUUGUGCUGCGCCUGUACCCCAUUGACUGGUGUACCAUAACCUCUGUGUGUGUGUGUGUGAGUGUGUGUCUGUGAGUGUGUGUGUGUGUGAGAGAGGGGAGAAGAGGGGAGGGGCGGGGGGAGUCCUUUGUUUAUACUCCCGCGUUAGGCUAAGGCUAGCUAGUCUACAGUCCGUUGCAAUGGAUUGUUUUGUGAUCAAGAAAAAAUCGUAGAUGGUAUGAGGAUUACAAAUGGCUGGAAUAUUCAUAUUAAUAAUGCAUAUGGAAUAAAUGCACUUGCUGUUGCAUUUUGGAUGUAUUGUCUGGUUAUUGGCAGGCGCAUGGGCGCUGUCCGGUGCUGAAUCUGUCACCUUUGCACGUGAAACAUUUUUGCCAUUACCUUGUGGUCACUUGUAUUAGGCUUAACUAUUUUGUUGGACAUUCUUUGGCCAAAUUCAGUUAAAACCACUUUUAUACCGAACAUGCUUGUGCUGUGUAUCAUAGCUGCUUUUAUUGAAAAAACACGAACCUCCUUAUAAAGUAA